AUGCCUCUGGCUUCCACCAACAACCACCUGCCUAUUCCACUGGCUUCCACCAACAACCACCUGCCUAUGCCACUGGCUUCCACCAACAACCCCCCCGCCUAUGCCACUGGCUUCCACCAACAACCCCCUGCCUAUUCCACUGCCUUCCACCAACAAACCCUAGACUAUGCCUCUGGUUUCCACCAACAACCCCCUGCCUAUGCCUCUGGCUUCCACCAACAACCACCUGCCUAUGCCACUGGCUUCCACCAACAACCCCCUGCCUAUUCCACUGCCUUCCACCAACAAACCCUAGACUAUGCCUCUGGCUUCCACCAACAACCCCCUGCCUAUGCCUCUGGCUUCCACCAACAACCACCUGCCUAUACCUCUGGCUUCCACCAACAACCACCUGCCUAUUCCACUGCCUUCCACCAACAACCCCUAGACUAUGCCUCUGGUUUCCACCAAAAAUCCCCUGCCUAUGCCACUGGCUUCCACUAA